AACAUCUUUGCACCCAAAGAAAUCAAGUCACUAGACAUAUUAUUUAAGGACGCAUAUAGCUAUACAUGUAAACAACAUUUCUAAUUUACAAAUUGCACAAGGUCUUAGAGAAAUGUCUUGGAAACUUAUAGGCAUUGUUCUCGUCCAGAUUUUCAUGUUUCAUGUCUCCUCUUAUUCAGCUAGAGGUCCGCAUUACAGUUUUAUUCGGGAAGCAAGCUCAGGUCCAAGCAUGCUACACUUCGACUACAUAGUAAUCGGUGGAGGGACAUCAGGCUGUCCAUUAGCAGCAACUCUGUCUCGGAGAGCCACCGUGCUAGUCCUUGAAAGAGGCGGCUCUCCUUACGGCAAUCCCAACAUAACAAACAUAGACAGCUUUGUUGCUUCUCUAUCCGAUGCAUCUCCCGAUUCCCCUUCUCAGCAAUUCACCUCUGAGGAUGGGGUUUACAACACGCGUGCACGUGUUCUGGGCGGCGGAAGCGCCCUGAACGCGGGAUUCUACUCGCGCGCAAGUGCUACUUAUGUAAACGACGCUGGGUGGGAUGAGAGACUGGUAAAUGCUUCUUACGAAUGGGUAGAGAGAAGAGUAGCGUUUAGGCCGCCGAUGUUAGAGUGGCAAUCUGCGGUGAGAAAUGGGUUGAUAGAAGCAGGAGUGUUGCCUGACAACGGAUUCACUUAUGAUCAUCUGUACGGAACUAAAGUUGGAGGUACCAUCUUUGACACAAAAGGUCAUAGGCAUACUGCUGCUGAUCUAUUUGAAUAUGCUGAGCCAAGAAAUAUUAGAGUUUAUUUGCAUGCCACUGUUCUCAGGAUUUUGUUUACACAUAGAGGGAGCCCAUGGUUGAAACCAAGAGCAUAUGGGGUGAUAUUUGAGGAUGCAGUAGGAUUCAGGUACACUGCAAUCUUGAACAGAGGUUCCAGAAAUGAGAUCAUAGUGUCAGCUGGUGCAAUUGGCAGUCCUCAAAUUCUGAUGCUGAGCGGCAUUGGACCAGCAAGGCAUCUUCUGUCGCACGGUAUUCCUGUGGUGCUGGACAAGCCCAUGGUGGGUGAAGGAAUGGCUGACAACCCUAUGAAUCUUUUGGUCAUUCCUUCACCCUUGCCGGUGGAGGUCUCACUGAUUGAAGUAGUGGGCAUCACUGAAUCUGGUAGCUUUAUCGAGACAGCCAGUGGUUUAACCUACACUUACAAUUGGGCUCAACGAUUUAUUGGGGACUAUGAGCAAUCGCUGAACCAGACGAGCGAGCCCAACAUGCUGAGCCGAGAAGCAAUGGCAAGAGCAGUUGAAACAAUGAAUUCUCUAGUGAAUGCAACGCUGAGAGGUGGAGUUAUACUAGCAAAGAUAAAAGGUCCUCUGUCUAGAGGCAAUCUGAGGCUGAGAACAACAGAUCCAGAUGACAAUCCAUCAGUGAGAUUUAACUAUUUCCAGGACCCAGAGGACUUGAGGCUUUGUGUUGAAGGCAUGAGAACGAUCAUAGCUGUGAUAAACUCUCAAGCAUUUUCAAGGUUCCGUUACGAUUAUGUACCCGUUCAGUCUCUCAUUAGCCUCAUGGCCGAUCUGCCUGUGAAUUUGAGACCGAGGCAUGCUAACACGGCAUUUUCUUUGGAACAAUUUUGCAUCGACACUGUCAUGACCAUCUGGCACUAUCAUGGAGGUUGCCAGGUUGGGAGGGUUGUGGAUCAAGAUUACAAAGUUACGGGUGUUGACGCUUUAAGGGUUGUUGAUGGAUCCACUUUUCUUCGCUCUCCCGGAACUAAUCCUCAAGCUACUGUUAUGAUGCUUGGAAGGUACAUGGGAAAGAGGAUUCUUCGUGAGAGAUUUUCUAGAAGAAGACGUAGAGAAUGAUGGGUCUAUUUUGUUUAGAAUUGUUCAUUUAUGGAUGUAAUUUUGUACAGCUUGAAUUUGAUCAGUUUUGGUGAAUUGGUGUGAAUUUAUUCAACAUGAUAGCUAGUAGUAUUUCUUGUUUGA